AUGCGUCUCUUGAACGCAAGGACCAUCGCAGUCGAAGACUUCUCCUCCAGACGGGUUCCGCCUUAUGCCAUUCUUUCUCAUACAUGGGAAGAUGGCGAGGUCACCCUGCAGGAUAUGGACUGCCAGACGGCCAGCGCGAAAGCCGGUUACGCCAAGAUUCGAGACUCUUGCGAGCAGACUCUGCGGGAUAAUCUCGAAUACAUCUGGGUCGACACAUGUUGUAUCGACAAGACCAGCAGCGCAGAGCUUUCGGAAGCCAUCAACGCCAUGUUCCGGUGGUAUCAGGACUCAACCAUAUGCUACGCCUUCUUAUCCGAUGUGCCUAGUGAUACGGAUUUCGAUGAAAGCUCGGCAUUCGCGAAGAGUCGGUGGUUCACACGCGGCUGGACACUUCAAGAGCUUCUGGCUCCUGCAAAGCUCGAUUUCUACUCCAACUCAUGGGGUCAUCUUGGCAGCAAGUUAGGCCUGGCGAAAGCCAUCAGUUCCGUCGCCAAGAUCGACGAGGCGUUUUUGAGAGGCCGGUCCAUCAAAGAAGCCUCAAUAGCUGCGCGAAUGUCAUGGGCCGCGACAAGAGAGACCGCAAGAGAAGAAGACCGGUCCUACAGCCUGCUUGGUAUCUUUGACGUCCAUAUCCCGCUACUGUACGGCGAAGGAAGCAAGAACGCUUUCUUUCGAUUGCAAGAGGAACUCAUUCGGAAAAGCGACGACCAGUCGAUAUUCGCCUAG